UUAACACCAUUUACAAGCAAAUAAUUCAACAAAAAUAUGAUUUAGUAUCAUUUACAUGCCAGGCUUAUUAUUUGUAAUGAGUGUUAACUCUGAGACCUCACGGGUCCUGUUCCAGAAUUUUCACGUGGUGAAGAAUGGAAAAGUUCCUGUUAGUAAGUGACAAAACUAGCGCCCUUUUGGCUGCUAAGAUUGGUCCUGAUGGGAUUUUAAAGGAUAGUAAAGUUAGUGACGAUCUUUGUUCACAAAGUAAGCUGGUGACAUUGUUGUCAACAAGUGGAUACACAUUAGAGGCUCACAGACUGCUGGACAGAAUCAAACGAGAUUUUAUGCAGGAAGAUGGCGACUUGAUUUCUUUUAAAAACAUUUCUGAUAGAAGCAGGAAAAGCAAGAGCUUUCCAAUGUCUCAUUAUUGGAUAUACAUGAACGUUUGGAUAGCCAUGGGUGCACAUAGAAUUGGGAGGUUUGAUAUUUCAUUCCCAGCAUUCAACUUUUGCAAGACGUUCUUCCACCCGGAUCAUAAUCUAGUCUGUGUCACAGAAUCAAUUACUGAAGUGAAUGACCAAUCAACAAUGGAUUGUUUAAGUACUGCUCAUUUUGGGCUGCUUUGCUUGUAUGUGGGAGACAUUGAAAGAGCAAAGAUGUGUGGUGAGGGGCUGUUAAAGAUGAUGUCCACGCAACCAAACUUUGAUAAACAAAUACUUUUGCGCAUGUCAGUGAAAACUGGCUCUCUAAUUACAAAUCCGCCAGAAAAUAUGGAACCAUUUUAUGUUUUGAAACGCGAUUCACCUAAUCAGUUGUACUUUUUCUUGGGUUAUUUUGGACUGUUUAUGACCAAAUUAUUUCAAGCUACUCAUGAGCAGAGAUUUUUAGACAGUGCUAAGUCCGUGAUGGACUUUGCCUUAACUUGCCACGAGAGCAUAUGUUUGUACAGUUUUAGCCAUACAGUGGCUUAUGCUGCCGCAUUAUUGGCUGUUGAAACCACAGAAGCUAAGUACAGACGGUUUGCUAUAGGGAUCGGAGAGUAUUUAAUCUCUAUUCAAAGUGAAGAAGGAUUUUUCUGUAAAGAAAUGGAUCGUAUAGAUAUGUAUGACCAGACUGCUGAAAUUGCUAUUUGUUUAAGGGAAUUGAACAAUGAAAUUAAAAAACUUGUUAAUAGAUAAUAA